AAGAAAACAGCCUGAAGUUGACAGAGGUUUAGACUGGACAUCGGGAAAAUUCCUUCCUUAAAAGAGUUGUCCAGCCCUCGCGCAGGUGCAGUGUUGGAUGAAGUCCCCAUCCCUGCAGGGAUUUCAAAGCCCUCUGGAUGUGGCACUUGGGGUCACUGGUGGCCCUGGCAGUGCUGGGGAAAGGUUGGACUUGAUCUUGUCCAGGGCUCUGUGAUUGUAAACCCCGAGGGCUUCGCUGAAAUGCUCAGAGUCCUGGAAUUUGACAAUUAGCAGCUGAUUUCACAGGAUCCAUCUGCAGGGCUUGAUAUGGAGUCCCAGCCACUCUGUGAAAAGACUCAGCCAUGGCAGGCAAAGACAAAAACCCCAAGGGCGGCAAAGGCAAACGCUCCAAAAAGGGUGCAGGGACCAUCAAGAAGGAAGUGAAUCUCUUCAGCCCAGCUGCCAUGCUCAACGCUUACUACAUCUCUCACAACGCUGCUGCUUUCCUGGAAUUCCGAGGCUAUCCCUGGCCUGGCUCUCUCAAAAAGAAGGGGAAGAAAAAGAAGUGAAAACCAAAGUCCCCGGUGAAGGCUCUGCUGUGGUUAAACCCUCCCUGACCUCUGCAGUGGUCAGCUCAAA